AUGGCUGCCUUAGCACGUUUCUUGCCAAUGGCAGGCAACAAAGCAGCUCCGUUCUUCACUUGUUUGAAGAAGAAUUCAACGUUUCAAUGGACUAAGGCGUGUGAACAAGCUUUUACUGAAUUGAAAAAAUCAUUAGCAACAUUACCAGUACUAUCCAAACCCACGCCAGGCAUUCCUUUGAUGCUCUACUUGGCAGUUACAGAUAGGGCGGUCAGUACGGUAUUGCUUCAAGAAGAGGGAAAAAAGCAGAAGGUUAUCUAUUUUGUAAGUCAUACUCUGCAAGGUGCUGAAUUGCGAUACCAAAAAAUCGAGAAGGCGGAUUUGGCAAUUCUAAAAACGGCGAGACGCCUCAGGCCAUACUUCCAAAGUUUCCAAAUCAAAGUUAAAACUGACGUUCCCUUAAGACAAGUACUCCAGAAACCUGAUCUGUCAGGGCGAUUGGUCAGUUGGUCAGUCAAGUUGUCUGAAUAUGAUAUACAGUAUGAGCCAAGGGGGCAAGUUACGAUCCAAAGCUUGGUUGAUUUCGUGGCGGAAUUAACACCCACGGAAGGCGAGAAAACUCAGGGAGAGUGGGUCAUGUCUGUUGAUGGAUCCUCCAAUGAUACGGGAAGUGGGGCAGGAAUAACUAUUGAAAGCCCGGACAAGAUGGUCAUCGAGCAAUCUCUGAAAUUCGAGUUUAAGGCGAGCAACAACCAAUCAGAAUACGAGGCAUUGAUCGCUGGUUUAAGGCUCGCCAUUGAAUUAGGCGUUCAGAAAUUGUUCAUCAAAGGCGACUCACAACUGGUUGUUAAACAGGUAAAAGGAGAGUAUCAGGUGAAGGACCCACAACUUUCCAAAUACUUGGAAGUGGUGCACAGGCUAAUGAUGGAAAUAGAGAAGAUCAAGAUAGAACAUAUUCCAAGAAGUCAAAAUGAAAGGGCGGAUGUGCUAGCAAAAUUGGCCAGUACGGGGCGAUUGGGCAAUUGUCAAACAGUCAUCCAGGAAACCCUUCCUCGCCCCAGUAUUGACUUGGUGGAAGUUAAGUUAAAGGCGGUAAAAGCGGUAAUGGAAGGCGAGCCUUCGUGGAUGGAAUCAAUCAAAACUUUUCUCCAAAACCCUCCAAAGGAUGAUGAUUUGAACACAAAAGAAAAGUUUAGGGAGGCUAGUUUUUACACGAUGGUAGGCGAUGAGUUAUAUCAGCGGGGAAUUAUGUCUCCUAUGCUCAAAUGUGUUGACGUGAGAGAUGCUCAGGGAAUCAUGGCCGAAGUUCAUGAAGGAGUAUGUUCUAGUCAUAUAGGAGGGCGAUCAUUGGCAGUAAAAGUAUUGAGAGCAGGAUUUUACUGGCCAACAAUGAAGAAGGGCUGCCUGAAAUACGUCAAGAAGUGUGAAAAGUGUCAAGUUUUCUCCGACUUACACAAAGCCUCACCUGAAGAGUUGUCAACCAUGAUGGUUUGGGGUCCCCAUGGCCUUGGUAAUGGAUAA